AUGGAGCCCUUGGCGAAGGAUGCAGCGACGGAAGUCGCCGGCCAGGUGGAGGGCGCGCAGGCCGCAGGGCACGAGCACUCAUCACGCACGCCCGGGCGUGCCGCCGAGCAUGCCGCGGAAGGGUCCUCGUCUGGAGGGGAGAUCGAAGCGCACGCGUCUCUCGAGGCGUGGGCCGACCACGCCGAGCGUCUUGUCGCGCAGGCCGUUGGCGCGGACCCAGAGCUGGCUGCUGCUGUGCGGGCAGCCGAGGCCGGGCGCGGGCGCUCGGACGGCGCCGCGGAAGGGAAGAAGAUCUGGCUGGACGCCAGCGGCCGGCCGAAGGAGGAGGAGGCGGACGUGCCCCGCCGGCGCUCGCUGACGCAGCGCGCAGCGCACUCCGCGGGCGCCAGCCCCGCGCCGGCGCCGGGCUCGCGGAAGCGCGUCAUCCAGGACGCGGGGUUCGACGACUUCAUGCAGGAGCGCGAUGACGCGGUGCGCACGAAGGAGCGCGUCCAGAAAGAGAAGGCGGCGUCGCUGCGUGCGCUGUCGCAGAAGAACAUGCAGCCCAUGGCGCGGAGGAAGAGCAACCAGUCCGCGAGCGCGUCCGCGCGGCCGAGCACGCAAGAGCUCGACGCCGGGGACCGCAGCGAGCAGGGCCGGCGGCACUCGGCCCAGCAGCAGGCGGAUGUUCAGGCCCAGCCCAGGCAGCGGAGCGCGUCGGUUGAGCUGGCGGCGGGCGCGCGCGGAAGCACGGCGGCGGCGCCGUCCAGCCCUGUGCCCGCAGGACCACCGGGGCCCGCAGCGCCGGCGCGGGCGGCGCCGCCGGCGCCGCGACCUCCUGCGCCCCGCACUUCGACCGUCAGGGCGUCCGUCCUGCUCGCGAAGGCGGGCCGGAAGGGCGACGCUGUUCCCCGCGUGGGUGCCGCGGCGGGCGCGCCCGGCGAGAAGCCCGCGGGGGACCCGAGGGACCUGAACACGUGCACGGAGGCGGAGAUCCUGCAGGCAGCACACGCGAUCGGGCGGCCGCGGGCGAGGGCGCUGCUGCGGCAGCGGCCGUUCAGGUCCUGGAGCGAGGUGCAGGACACGCAGACGAUGGACAAGUUCGCCGUGCUGUUGCUCCGCAACGCCGGGUUCGUGCUGGGCGGCAACAAGUCGAAACGCUCCUCGAGCUCGUCGCGCUCGCGCCCCCAGUCGCCGCAGCCCGCGCGUGCGAGCAGCGCCGCCGCGCCGCCGCCCGCGGAACCGCAGCCCGCGCGUGCGAAUAGCGCCGCCGCGCCGCCGCCCGCGGAGCCGCGACCCGCCCCCGCCGCAGCGCCUCCACCUGUAGAGGCUGUAGAGCCUCCCGCGCCCGCAUCCCCUCGCCAGGAGCCACCACGUCAGGCGAGCGUCGAGCCGCAUCAAGCGACGCACGCGCCGCUGGCGUCGGCGCCGCACCAGACGCCGAGCUUGCCCGUGGACGUGCGUCCCAAGCGUCCGCGGCACGUCCCUGCGCCGCCCGACUCGCGCUUGACGCCGCGGUCGCCCGCGACGAAGACCCCGGCGGCGCAGCGGCGAGCGGGCGCCCCGCGGUCCACCCCGCCGUCGGGGCCGUGGCUGGUUGAGCCGGAGACGGCGAACAAGGAGGCUGCGCGCGCAGACGACGCGAGCGCACGACAGCUGCUGGCGACGCUCGCGCGGUCCGAGCAGGACGGCCAGGCGUGGGCGGCGGAGUGCGCGUCGCUGCGCCGCGAGAUGAACGACAUGCAGGAGAAGGCGGGCCACAGCCGCGAGGCGUUCCGCAGGGCCAAGCAGGGGCUCGUGCGCCACGCGCAGGCGGCGGUGGCGGCGCGCAAGGCCGCGGAGGAGCGCAUCGAGCAGCUGGAGGAGCAGCUCGCGGCUGCGAAGAGGGCGGCGCGGGAGCCCACGCCGGGGCCUGGGAGGUCGCCGGAACCGCCGAUGGUGUCGGCGCUCCGCGCGGCGCUGAGGAAGCGCGACGACACUAUCGAGGAGAUGCGCAACAAACACUUCGAUGCCACGAAGCAACACAAGGAGGCGCUGGCGGCGGCCCAGGAGGAGGCGCUGCGGCUGCGUCGCGCCAGCAACACCGCAAAGGAGCUGGCGCAGUCGUCCUCGCUCGCCGAGUCGUCCGCGUACCUCCUGUCGGGGUCCGUGAGCAGCCUCGGCGACGCGGCCGUGACGCUGAUCAACGAGUCGAUACCCGCGCUGCUGCAGCGCCUGCAACACGAGAUGAUGCGCACGCAGUCCCUCGAGCAGGAGAACGAACAGCUCAGGAUCGAUCUGGCGCGCGCGGAUGGGGCCAGGCGGGCGGACGACGCCCGGCGGGCGGCGCAGACGCGCGUGCAGGCCGAGGGCGCUGCGGCCGCGGUCUCGCGCGCGCAGGAGGACGCGGCGGCCGCCCGCCACGAGGCGACACUGGCAAAGGCAGAGAUUGCAGCGGCACUUGCCAUGGCGGAGAGUGCGCGCCGGGACGCAAGCGAGGCCCGGGCGAAGUGCGCGACGACGGAGGCUGCGCUGCAAGAGGCCCUGUCGAACCUCGCAAGCGUGAAAGAGGAGCUCGGGCGGGAUGCUUUCGAAGUUGCUGUGCUGCGAGAACAGACCUUUGUGCUGGCAGGCGCGCUGAAGGCGCAUGCGGCCGGGUCGAAGCGAUGCCAGGCUAUACUGGCGGAAUAUGGCAUGGCGUAG